AUGAAAGCUGCCGUCAAACGUUACUGCAACGAAGGUCAUGAUAUUUUGUUGGCUCAAGACAUGCAGACUGCCCUAAAAGAAAGACCAGUACGAGGAACGACAGCAGGAGUAUUCUGCAUGAACGAUAAGUUUAUAACUCUGAAGUUAAAGAAGAUCCCUAAUUUCAGCGCACUGCACAAUUUUGAGUUUACCUCCCGUGGACUUCGAAUGUGGAAAGCUUUUAAAAUUGGAGCUGGUAAGCUAAUUGCAUGGAAUAACAUCAUAUUUUGUUUACAAGAAGCUACCUGCCUCAGCGAGGAUAAACUGUUUUUCAUAGUUUGAGCACGAGAGAUGGAUGAGACGACCGCGCACCAUGGGAGAGUUGACGAUGUCAGUGGCACCUUCGAAUGUCCCCAUCCCCAGUGCUCAAAAUAAUUCCUUAGUCGUGCAGAGCUGGAAACUCAUCUAAGUGUGACUGCAAAUCACAGCCCAGCGAAGACGGUACAGCGGGGCGUGUAUGACUAGUUACGAAUCGAUUGGGUUCAGUUUUUCCAGAACAUUUCACUGGAUCCCAAAAGAAAGUCUCGCCUCCAGAAAGAAGUUCAAAUGGAAACCACAACCGAGGUAAACUCGCUCCGAAUGGGUUGGGCGCUUCAAAAACUUAAAGGCGGCCAAACACGCUUCUCUGACAAAGUUCGCGGGUACUUACAAAAAAAGUUUGACAUUGGUCAAAAAACUGGGAGGAAGGAAGAUCCUGCAUAAGUAGCUAACGAUAUGCGCAAUGCACUCAACACCGAUGGCACACGAAUGUUAAGUAGAAUGGAAUGGCUUUCAAAGCUUCAAAUUCUGGGAUUUUUUUCGCGACUCUCUGCGAAGAGAAAGCAAUCAGAUGGUAAGGAAACCUCCGCCGUUGACGACGAGCUUGACGACGAUGAAGAGCUUGUUGAAGAGUAUGCCUCGCUAACAGAUGAACAAAUGCUCGAGAAAGCCAGUGUAGCCGUAGAGUCUGAAAUUGGUGUCAAGCAUCUAGUGAUGUAUGAUGUCUACAACCUUUGCGAAAUUGCAUAUGAAAAUAGACUUUUAUUUUCAAGGUUAAGAUGCUCAGGGAAAAGGGCAAUGUGCAAGCAUUUUGAAAUCCCAUCUAACUUAAGAGACACCAAAUCAAGUUUGGUUAAGGUACUAUCGCUAAUGGUUGAAGAUUGCUCAUGCAUGAAAGAAUCAAAUUACGCAAUGUAA